AUGGCUCUCGCUGUGCUUCACGCGGCGAUGGGCUUUGCGCCCACCCGCGAAGGUUACACCCUCCUUACCCCCGAGGGCUACGUGGCAAGGGGCUGGGCGUCAUGGGAGGAGGUGAACGAGGCCGGGCCUGAGACGUGGCCGACAGGGCCGCCGGCCGACAUCCCCUGCAUCAAGCUCUUCACUUUCGACUUUGACGGCACAACUGAGUUCACCGACAACUUGGCGCACGCCGUGUUUGACCACGCGACCGAAGAGGAGAAGUUGACUGACCUGGUUCCCGCUUAUGAAAGGCUCAAGGCAGAGUUGGGCGGCACGGCGGCAAUCAUCAUGGCGUAUUUUGACGGUCCCGGGCGGAUUGAGUACUUCAGAAAAUACGUCGAUGAGCUCAUCGGCCAGGAGAGUCAUGUUUUCAUUCUCUCCGCGUCGUGGGAUCCGACGCCGGGGACAGUCUGGGAGGCGUACUUGUACCACGAUGUCGGCAUCCCGUUUCCGCCGGAUCGAAUCGUCGGAACGGACGAUCCCGGGCCCGGCAUCGCAGCCGACAAGGCGAACCCGGGCAUGCGAGUUGCCAGGAUGCUGGGGGUACCCAGUGCGCAGGUGAUGCACACCGAUAACAGCUUCAAGUACAACGCCCAAUUCAUCGCGGUCGGCGGGCGGCCAGCGCGUGCUAAAGUGGAGUUGAGGCUGUGCUGGCACAUUAGACCAUUCGUGAUUCGAACUCAGGCUGAGGCUCCCCGCGCUCUGGCGCGUCGGCGCGACAACGCCAUGCUCGCCCGGGCAAAGCCAGUGCCCUCUGUCGAGAUCGCGCCGUCCGUCCUCAUGCCCAUGCUCAGCUUCGGCAUCACGAUGCAGCACUCCCUCUUCCUCGCGCUUGGCGGCAGAGGGCUCGAUACGGCCUUCGACUGA